AUGGGUCUGUUAGUGACGGAGAUGUUCUUUGUUUCAUUUAGAGACGGAGAGACGAGAGGAAAUGAGAGAAUGGCUGGGGAUUUUUUUUCCGAAAUUCGUGAUGAAUCGCGUGGUUUUGACGAAACGGAAUCGGGCAUAACGAGGAAGACGACGGGAACGAACAACCAUGGAAAAGAAGUGAUCCAGGCAUGGUACAUGGAUGAUAGCCUAGAGGAUCAGAGACUUCCUCACCACAAGGAUCCUAAGGAGUUUAUCUCUUUGGACAAGCUUGCAGAGCUUGGAGUCCUUAGCUGGAGACUUGACGCUGAUAACUAUGAAACCGAUGAGGAACUGAAAAAGAUCCGCGAAUCUCGUGACUUGAAAUGCCAAAUGUUUGAUUUUGAUAAGGCAAGACUCAACUUACGGUGGGUUUACUCAGAAAGAAAUUAUAGCUGCUGUGAGUUGCUUAGAGACAAUUUAGUGAAAGGCUGGGUUUACAAGGAUGACUUUUGUGAGGUUUGCCCUGAGAAGCUUCAAAACUAUGAAGAGAAAGUAAAAAGCUUUUUCGAAGAACAUCUCCACACUGAUGAAGAGAUCCGUUACUGCGUUGCAGGAAGUGGAUACUUUGAUGUAAGGGAUCGCGAUGAAGCGUGGAUUAGAGUUUGGGUAAAGAAAGGUGGUAUGAUAGUGUUGCCUGCUGGAAUAUAUCAUCGCUUCACCGUCGACUCAGACAACUAUAUCAAGGAAGUUGAAAUAUGUUGGUUCAAACAGGCGAUGCGGCUUUUUGUGGGUGAACCGGUGUGGACACCAUACAAUCGUCCACACGACCAUCUUCCUGCAAGGUACAAACAAUGUGCUGUUUUCCCAUUGUUGUCUCAACAAAAGCAUAGACCUUUGUGCUUCUUCUCUUUACGCAAACAUUACAAUAGCAAGAAACUUGGUUUUAUUAACAGGAAAGAUUAUGUUGAUAACUUUGUGAAGAAAGCCAUCAACGCAUCUGCUUAG